AUAUUAUUCUAUUUAUUAAUGGCGCCUUCUGCUUGUCAGCUUCCGGCGCAAUUAAUAAAUAGUGCUUAUUGUUAUUUAUAUUUUCUCAAAUUAUGUCGAUUAGUCAAUGCUAUAAUAAUUUUGUUUUAUUAUGUAUAAUGUAAGGAUUAAGCUACUAGAAUCUUAUUUUACUGAUCUGGCUAAGUUAUCUGCUGCUUAUCAACUUCCGGUGUAAUAUAUUAAUCUUUAAUAUUUAAUGUUACAUAAUCCUGCAUUAUUAAAUAAUAUUUGUCCGUAAAUAAUCAUUAGAAUAAUUAAGAUAAACAAUGUUUAAUAUUAUAUUUUUUGAAUUGAAUUUUUUGAAUUUAGUAUUAAAUUAGGUCAAGAUGUUUUUGUAUAAAUACCGCCAGUUUAAAUAUAUCGGGCAUUGGUAUUGUAACUGUUGUAACGAGCAUUACAAGUGUUUUCUUAUAUAACGUAUCGUCAUUUUCGCCGCCACCCUGGUAACCCAUCUUCUAUACUUCAGAAGUGGGAUGAUGUCUGGCCCAUAUAUCGACGGACUUGGUACGAAGAAAAGGAGACGCUGCGAGAACGCUGUACUCGACAGCGACGAAUCAUCAAGUUUUUUUUCUUCAUCCGAUGACGAAGAGAUCUUGGAGAAACACAGGCGAUAUAAGAAGCGGCGUGUCACCCAAACCGAUGCGGAGGUUAUUCCAACGUUCCGACCGGAUGAAAAAUCUAGCAACGUCAAGGGAUGGUUGCAUAAGAUCGACCAAUUGGGCGACGUGUACGGAUGGGACAACAAAGAUCGACAGUUCAUCAUGCAGAUACGUCUUCGAGGGUCGGCUAGAGACUGGUAUGACGAUCUGGAUGACUAUGAUCUCACAUGGAUGGAGUGGAAGGACGCUUUAGAGACCGCGUUCCCACGUUCUACUGACUUUGUGGAUCUACUUGAAUCUAUGCUUGCUAGAAAAAAAACGAAUACGGAAACUAUGACAAAAUAUUUCCACGACAAGGUUUCCUUAUUAAAAAAAUGCAAUAUCAUUGGCGAGCCUGCAAUUUCAUGCAUAAUUCGCGGUCUACCCAUGGAAAUAAGAGCCAACGCGAAAGCUUUCCAAUGCAGAACACCACAGCAACUAUACUACGGGUAUUUGUCGUCAUUGGAAAACUACAGACAAAUUGAAGCCAGCCAUCCGCGACCAACUACCACGUUGCGAAGAGCGGGCGACGUUGCUACAAUUGCAAGAGAGAGUGAUUUUCAACCGAAGAAAUGUUACGCCUGCCGAAGAGAAGGUCAUGAAGCAAAGGACUGCAAGGUGCCACGCUGUGAGGUGUGCCAUCGCCCGGGUCACACGUCUGCCAGCUGCUGGCAUGCGGCCAGCUCUUCACAUCAAAAAGUGCCGUACAGCAGCGACAAACCAGGCGCCAAUAGCAGCGCUGAUCGCCGUGGGACACGGCAUACACAGGAUGGCCGAAUGUUAUCAAUUAAUACUUCCGGUCCUACAUAUAUGGCUAGUUCGGGUACAUCUUGAUGAUUAUUUAUAAGUAUAGAUUAAAACUUUUGUUCGACAAUUUAAUUAGUAAUUUCAUAAUCAAAUAAAUAGUUGAUUCAUAUUUGUUUAUACUUGGAACAUUUUAUUAUAUAUUAUUCUAUUUAUUAAUGGCGCCUUCUGCUUGUCAGCUUCCGGCGCAAUUAAUAAAUAGUGCUUAUUGUUAUUUAUAUUUUCUCAAAUUAUGUCGAUUAAUCAAUGCUAUAAUAAUUUUGUUUUAUUAUGUAUAAUGUAAGGAUUAAGCUACUAGAAUCUUAUUUUACUGAUCUGGCUAGGUUAUCUGCUGCUUAUCAACUUCAGGUGUAAUAUAUUAAUCUUUAAUAUUUAAUGUUACAUAAUCCUGUAUUAUUAAAUAAUAUUUGUCCGUAAAUAAUCAUUAGAAUAAUUAAGAUAAACAAUGUUUAAUAUUAUCUUUUAAGUUACGAAUUUAGUAUUAAAUUAGGUCAAGAUGUUUUUGUAUAAAUACCGCCAGUUUAAAUAUAUCGGGCAUUGGUAUUGUAACCGUUGUAACGAGCAUUACAAGUGUUUUCUUAUAUAACGUAUCGUCAUUUUCGCCGCUACCCUGGUAACCCACCUUCUAUA